GUCUUUUUAUUUUAUCUUCUCCUUGUUAUAUCGAUACAAAUUGUGAAGCUGUAACACACCUACAAAGAGAUGGCGGCAGCAGCAGCGGGGCUUCUGUCUCUCUCCACCGCCAUUCCCUCUCUCUCUCCGCCUCUUCCUCGUCUCCGCUUCCCCGUGGCAACAAUGACAAUGAGUGAGGAUCCAAUUCGUGAAUGGAUUUUAUCCGAAGGGAAAGCAACCGCUAUAACCGGCACUCGUUCCGUUGGUGGCGGCUGCAUCAACCGUGCUUACCGUUAUGACACAGAUGCCGGCCCCUUCUUUAUCAAAACAAACAGGAGCAUUGGGCCAGAGAUGUUCGAGGGGGAGGUAUUGGGCCUCAGUGCCAUGUACGAGACGGGGACUAUACGCGUGCCUCAGCCGUUUAAGUAUGGAGCUCUACCUUCUGGCGGCUCGUACAUCAUCAUGGAAUUCAUCGAAUUUGGUGCAUCGAGGAGAGAUCAAGCUGCACUAGGAAGGAAGCUUGCUGAGAUGCAUAGAGCAGGAAAGUCUACAAAAGGCUUUGGUUUCGACGUUGAGAACACAAUCGGAAGCACACCACAGAUAAACACGUGGACGUCAGACUGGAUUGAGUUCUAUGGAGUUCAUCGGCUGGGCUACCAAUUGAAGCUCGCACGACAGCAGUUUGGGGACUCCUUAAUCUACGAGAAAGGGCAAAGACUCAUCAAGAACAUGGCACCUCUUUUCAAUGGCGCCGUGCUUGAGCCUUGCCUUCUACAUGGAGAUUUGUGGAGUGGGAAUAUAAGCUACGACAAAAAUGGCGAGCCGCUCAUACUCGACCCUGCCUGCUACUAUGGACACAAUGAGGCGGAGUUUGGGAUGUCGUGGUGUGCUGGUUUCGUUGGAUCGUUCUAUGAUGCCUACUUUGAGGUGAUGCCAAAACAGACGGGAUGGGAGGAGAGGAGGGAUCUGUACAUGCUCUAUCACUACCUGAACCACUAUAACUUGUUUGGCUCUGGCUACCGGCCAUCUGCUAUGGGCAUCAUCGAUGACUAUCUCAGGAUGUUGGGAGCUUAGCUUGGUCAGUCUGACAUUGUGCUUUCGAUGUUGUAUCUUCUGUAAAUGCAGUAAGAGAUGUUGCACAGUCUUGUAAUAGAGGAUUUGGUUUGAUAUUUCUGUUUUUGCAUUUUACUAUGUAAAUCGUGUUGUGAAAGCAAAAAAACUCACUGUAAAUAUUUGGAGGUGAAAUUAUGGUUUUAUUUACAUUGAA